AUGGGAAAUACAGCGCUCCAUUUUACUAUCCUCUCUCCAGACAUGGGAAAUACAACACUCCAUUUUACUGUCCUCUCUCUAGACAUGGGAAAUACAACACUCCAUUUUACUGUCCUCUCUCUAGACAUGGGAAAUACAACACUCCAUUUUACUGUCCUCUCUCUAGACAUGGGAAAUACAGCACUCCAUUUUACUGUCCUCUCUCUAGACAUGGGAAAUACAACACUCCAUUUUACUGUCCUCUCUCUAGACAUGGGAAAUACAACACUCCAUUUUACUGUCCUCUCUCUAGACAUGGGAAAUACAGCGCUCCAUUUUACUAUCCUCUCUCUAGACAUGGGAAAUACAGCGCUCCAUUUUACUGUCCUCUCUCUAGACAUGGGAAAUACAACACUCCAUUUUACUGUCCUCUCUCUAGACAUGGGAAAUACAGCGCUCCAUUUUACUGUCCUCUCUCUAGACAUGGGAAAUACAACGCUCCAUUUUACUGUCCUCUCUCUAGACAUGGGAAAUACAACGCUCCAUUUUACUGUCCUCUCUCUAGACAUGGGAAAUACAGCGCUCCAUUUUACUGUCCUCUCUCUAGACAUGGGAAAUACAACGCUCCAUUUUACUGUCCUCUCUCCAGACAUGGGAAAUACAGCGCUCCGUUUUACUGUCCUCUCUCUAGACAUGGGAAAUUCAGCACUCCAUUUUACUGUCCUCUCUCUAGACAUGGGAAAUACAGCGCUCCAUUUUACUGUCCUCUCUCUAGACAUGGGAAAUACAACACUCCAUUUUACUGUCCUCUCUCUAGACAUGGGAAAUACAGCGCUCCAUUUUACUGUCCUCUCUCUAGACAUGGGAAAUACAACACUCCAUUUUACUGUCCUCUCUCUAGACAUGGGAAGUACAACACUCCAUUUUACUAUCCUCUCUCUAGACAUGGGAAAUACAGCGCUCCAUUUUACUGUCCUCUCUCUAGACAUGGGAAAUACAACACUCCAUUUUACUGUCCUCUCUCUAGACAUGGGAAAUACAACACUCCAUUUUACUGUCCUCUCUCUAGACUACUUGUACCAAAAACAACUCCAACUGUAAUCUAGGUACUACCAGAGCUAACUAACAGCCUCCUCCUUUUCUAAUUUCUGUUCUAUGAUACCUUUCUUUUUCUAUAUAUGUGUGAUUAAUGUACGUGUGAGUGUUAAGGGGAGUGUGAAUGUUAAGGGGAGUGUGAGUGUGUGUGUGUUAGUGUGAGUGUUAAGGGAAGUGUGAGUGUUAAGGGAAGUGUGAGUGUUAAGGGAAGUGUGAGUGUUAAGGGAAGUGUGAGUGUUAAGGGAAGUGUGAGUGUUAAGGGAAGUGUGAGUGUUAAAGGGAGUGUGUGUUAAUGUGUGUGUGUGUUAAUGUGUGUGUGUUAAUGUGUGUGUGUGUGUUAAUGGGAGUGUGAGUGCUAAUGUGUGUGUGAGUGUUAAUGUGUGUGAGUGUUAAUGUGUGUGAGUGUUAAUGUGUGUGAGUGUUAAUGGGAGUGUGAGUGUGCAUGAGUACGUAUGUUUAUGUGCAUGUACAGGUAACUGCCAAAAUAAUGGAAGCAAUUAAAUGAGGGAUAGAAAGUAUUUUGAAAGCAGGUGCCUCCAUACAGGUGUGGUUCCUGAGUUAAUUAAGUAAUUAACAUCCCAUCAUGCUCAGGGUCAUGUAUAAAAAUGCUGGGCAGGCCAUUGUUUUGGCCACCAUGACUAUGCCCCCCAUAGGAUGACAAGACCCCCAUCCACAGGACACGAAUGGUCACUGAAUGGCUUGAUGAGCAUGAAAAUGAUGUAAACCAUAUUCCAUGGCCGUCUCAGUCACCAGAUAUCAACCCAAUUGAACACUUAUGGGAGAUUCUGGAGCGGCGCCUGAGAUGCCGUUUUCCAUCAACAAAACACCAAAUGAUGGAAUUUCACUUGUAGAAUCUAUGCCCUGGGUACAUUGGAGUUGUUCUGGCUCGUGGCGCCCCAGCGCUCUAUGAAGACACUUUAUGUUGCCAUUUCCUUUAUUUUGGCAAUUACCUGUAUGACUGAUGAUGUUUCUGAGUGUGGUCUUCCUGUGAAGUUUAGCAGGAUAGGAGCUGGGUGCUGUAUAGUGGGCUGAGGGGGGAGUUAUAUGAGGAAGAGUAUCUUACUGAUGAAGCCUUGAUUUGAAGGUUGAGGGGAACAUGGUAAACAUUAUGUACAGGGUAACAGUAGAUAUAUAAGCAGCAGCCUGGGGUCUGUCCGGUCGCUUGGUGUUGUAGCAGACAGAGGCAACUAGUGGUUGGUCCUGGCGCUGUCCUCACAGUGCGCUUUCUGGGCUGUCCGAACCUGGCUGGGCUCAAAGCAUGGGAGCUCAGUGGCUAGAAUUGCAGAGACAUAUGGGUGUGGCCCUCCCUUGCCUCAGACUCCACCCACAGACGUAGAACAGAACCUCCCCCCUUUGGGACUCCUCCCUCCAUGGAUACGUCCGAAAUGGCAUCCUACUGGUCUCCUAUCAAAAGUAUCCUACUAUAUAGGGACAAGGGUUCCGUCCUCCUCUCUGAGACCAGCUGUUCCUCUGGCUUCUGUACUAGAAGACCCUUCAUGACCUCUGACCUCAUCAGUCAAGUUUAUGCCAUGUUAUCCUAGUCACGGACACCACUCUCCCAAUAUAGACAUAGACAGACGCGCGUCACAGCCAGCCACCUACCGACCUACACUACUGACAGGGAGAGAAGGUCCUACUCUCUACUGACUGUGUGUGUGUGUGUGUGUGUGUGUGUGUGUGUGUGUGUGUGUGUGUGUGUGUGUGUGUGUGUGUGUGUGUGUGUGUGUGUGUGUGUGUGUGUGUGUGUGUGUGUGUGUGUGUGUGUGUGUGUGUGUGUGUGUGUGUGUGGUCGGGGUGGGGACUUUGCACCUUAACAUUCAUAUUUAUAAUGUAUGGUAUCUUUCUAAGCUUGCUUAAAGGGAAAAAUUCACUCAAAACCAAUUUUUUGUAUUUUUUUCACUAGUCCACUCUUGAUACAGUCUCAAAAUGUUUUGCAUGUCAGCAUUCAAGAAGCCAAGUGUCACUUGCCACAUCAUCAUUGCGUUUUGCAGUGUAUUUUUCCUUGAAGUCUGUGUUGAUGUCAGUGGAAGGAAGGCCUGUGUAAUGUACAGGGAACAGAGGUCGUUCUGUAAGGCACUGGCUUGUACAUAAGAAGCAUUAGAAUGAUGAUAAUGAUUACGAUUUUAAUUUUGUAUUUCUACUGCUGUAACUGAACUAAAUAAUAAUGUUGCCUAAAAUAACUAUGUAUUAUUGUACUGCGUUACAGAUUAAUGAUGAUCAUGACCUACAUACAGUACUAGUCGACAGUUUGGACACCUACUUAUUCCAGGGUUUUUCUUUAUUUUUACUAUUUUCUACAUUGUAGAAUAAUAGUGAAGACAUCAAAACUAUGAAAUAACACACAUGGAAUCAUGUAGUAACCAAAAAAGUGUUAAACAAAUCAAAAUGUAUUUUAUAUUUGAGAUUCUUCAAAGUAGCCACCCUUUACCUUGAUGACAGCUUUGCACUCUCUUGGCAUUCUCUCAACCAGCUUCACCUAGGAAGCUUUUCCAGCAGUCUUAAAGGAGUUCCCACAUAUUUCUAGAAAAUAGUAAAAAUAAAGAAAAACCCUGGAAUGAGUAGGUGUGUCCAAACUUUUGACUGGUACUGUAUGUUCUUUUGCUCAAAAGCUUUCCGUCGUCUUAAAUGUCAGACAAACUGCUGUCUCAUCCAUUACAUGACAAAAUGUACCUUUAUUCAUCCAACAUUUCUGAACGUGUGGACCAUUGUAGUAUAUGUUACAUUGUUGUCUUUACUUAAUGCAUUUUAAUAUAAAGCUGUGAACUCAGA